AUGGAGGACACUAAGAAGCUUCUAUUGCCAAGGCACUCUUACAAUGCUUCGGUGUCGUCGACAGGAUCCAACUCAGUUCUCCCCAAAAACCGCUCGGGCUCGAGGUUGUCACGUACCAACACUAACGUCACGGAUGCGGGCGCCAGUGCUGCACCACCCAAUGAUUCACAUAGUAUAAGGACGGUGGACAAGAUUCCCAGUGCCAGACCCAGUGUGUCGUACCUGGACAAGCUCUGGACGCAGAUCGACGUGUUGGACGACGUCAAGACCAUGUCUGGAGAAGUGCGUUCCAAAGGUUCCUUUUUCAACGACAAGUUUGAUGCCGAGUUGAAGCGGUUGAAGCAGCUGCAGAAUAGGUUGCUAGAGACGUUGGCUACACAGCAGUUUAACAACUCCAGCAAACUCGAGCACAGGAAGCAGUUGAGCAGGUUGAACACCAUGAACGAGCCUAUACCUCAGGUGUCGACCUCUACGUCAGCAUCGGCAACAGGUGAGGACAAAAAGAGACAGGAAAAAGCUACCGAGUUUUUUGGAAUGGAUGAUCUCAGCAAGUACUCACAGGAUAUCUUAUACCGUAAGCAGAACUUCGAGGAGAUGAACCAGUAUGUUGCCGAAAUUAAGGACAACUUGGAUCGGGUUGGGGAGAACAUGAAGAAGUUUGAUGAGUCUACCAGGGAGUUGUGGUGA